CCCCAGAAGUGGGGAAGUGGCGCAGUCUCAGUGCGGCUCCCAAUAAGCGGUCAAAAUCAGAUGAGUCUUCGACGGUGUAAUUCGGUAUCGGUAAAGCUCUGAGCCAGUUGAAAAUUCAAACUGAGUAAACUGUCCCGUGCCUGUGGCUCUCGCGUCGCCCCGUGUCGAAGCCCACUCUCGAGACCGUCUCCAUUCGGUGCUUGUUGUCACUGCACCGCUCCACACCAGUUCAAUAACAUUACAAAUGAGCUCUUUGUGCCGUUAGGUGUCUUCGAGUGUUGAUGUCCGGUUGUAAAAUGCUAGGUUAGGUUCGUGAAAAAUCACCAAAAGUGUGGUGUCGAAGACAAUUUGUUCGAUGGUGAAAUCUGUGGAUUAUGCGCUGCUGAUGGAAUACGACUGUUGGUGCAUUGCCCUGUCGAUAAACGCACAGGUUGUGCGGUUUCGGGAUACUUCACCUCAACUAUAAUGUCGGGGAGUCAUAUGAAUAACGAGCAGGAGCACAAAUCGCCAAGGGAAAGUGGCGAGGACUCUGAAGACGAAAGCGAAAUCCUGGAGGAGAGCCCCUGCGGCAGAUGGCUUAAGCGGCGAGAGGAGGUAGAACAAAGAGAUGUGCCUGGAAUCGACUGCGCCUAUUUGGCCAUGGAUACAGAGGAAGGAGUCGAAGUCGUAUGGAACGAAGUCCAGUUUUCGGAACGUAAAAAUUUUAAGAACCAAGAGGAAAAAAUACAACUUAUUUUUGAAAAUCUCACGCAACUCGAGCACCCUAACAUUGUCAAAUUCCAUCGAUAUUGGACGGAUACACACAACGACAAGCCUCGAGUCAUAUUCAUUACGGAAUACAUGUCCUCAGGUUCCUUGAAACAGUUCCUCAAGCGUACGAAACGCAAUGUGAGAAGGCUGCCACUCCCUGCGUGGAGGAGAUGGUGUACACAAAUCCUCUCUGCUUUAAGUUACUUGCAUUCCUGUUCUCCGCCAAUCAUCCACGGCAAUCUGACCUGUGAUACCAUAUUUAUACAGCACAAUGGCCUCGUCAAGAUUGGAUCAGUGGCUCCUGAUUCCAUAAACCAUCACGUUAAAACAUGCCAGGACGAUUUCAAAAAUAUGCAUUUCAUUGCACCAGAACAUCCUAGCACGAUGGGCCCCCCAAUGGACAUUUACUCGUUCGGCAUGUGCGCGUUGGAAAUGGCCGCUCUCGAAAUAGUAGGCAACGGCGAUUCCGGUAACAAAGUAACGGAAGAGAAUAUCAAGAAAACGAUCGAUUCGUUAGAGGACGAACAACAGAAGGAUUUCAUUAAGAAGUGUCUACAGAAAAAUCCCAAUGAUCGGCCGACAGCAAAGGAGCUCCUCUUUCACCCCUUACUUUUCGAAGUGCACAGUCUUAAGCUCCUUGCUGCCCAUUGUUUGGUCAAAAGAUCUGCGAACAUAUCUGAAACGAUAACAGAUGAGUUGAUGCAGAGGUGGUAUGGACCUGAUAUGAUAGUGGCCGAAAUUCGGCGCAAAAGUGGACCACCGGUUCAUAUGAAAAUGUCCGAUAUUCCCAUAACGGAAAAGUUGGAAAAGUUUGUCGAGGACGUGAAAAACGGCAUUUAUCCUUUAACGGCCUUCGGUGCUAAGCAACCCCCUCCAGCCCGGUCGAGGGCGAUAUCACCGGAAAUGGCGGAAUCGGUCAAGUCCGUCACACCGGAACCGAUGGAUGUAGAAAAUAGGAAAAUUGUCAAUAUGAUGUGCGACAUCAAACCCAAAGAAGAGAGCUGUGAUUUAUUGUUGACGAUUGUACUCCGUAUGGACGAUAAAAUGAAUCGCCAUUUGACUAGUUGUAUUACGCAAACGGAUUCUCCGAAAGCUUUAGCUCAAGAGUUGGUACAUUAUGGUUUCAUAAAUGAAGACGAUCGAGACAAAAUUGCUACCCUUAUAGGAGAGACGUUAAAGGACUGUUGUUCCGGCCGUAGUAGUCCGAGUCGAAUUUUUCAGCCCUUAUCGCAUAUGCCCCCUCCUACCCAACCGGCGGCCUUGGUGAAUGCAGCGUUACCGUUGGCGACGACGGCGGUGGUGGUCAAUUCAACACCUACUCAAGUGCCCAUGCACUCCACUAGUUAGUAAAACAUAGAUACUGCCAAUGCACUUUCGUAUUUCUAAGAUGUCAAAGUAAACGUUAUUUAUCAUAACACAGUGUCUAGACUAACUAGACAGACUAUCGUGGAAAAAAUGCAGGGAGGUAAUUAAUUAAAAAAUGUCGAGAUGUUAAUUACUAAUCCUUGCCCUGUCUGGGAUCAUUAAUUGACAUUCAGAUGAGUGAUAAUUCGUAGAUAAGCUUAUUUAGGCUGCCUGCAUUUUUCCGAGCUAGGUUCAUGCCUUAUUUGGGUUAGUCUACGUCAUGAUAGAGUUAGAAAGAAGAAGACUGUUAAAAAUGCUGGACAUUACACUAGUCAUGUGACCACGUGUUAAUCUGUGAUCAGAGCUUCAAUGACAUAAACGCUGGACUGUUUAAUCAUAGAUUUCAUAUUGUAUGUGAUCUGUUUAUGAUAAUUUUUAUAACUCCUAGGCCGCGUCGCAGGAAUCUGUUCUUUCGUUUCAAAAAUGUUUCGUUUUCUGUCAAAUACUCGUCGCAAAUGCAUUAUUAUUUGCCCCUUGAGACUGAUGAUGUAAUAAUUAAGGAAAAAAUGUGAAUAGUGGUAGUCGUGCAGGACAGGACCAAAAUGUGUAAGGUUAGGUUCUACCUAGUGUCGGGAGAGGGACGCUUUAACUAACAUUUACGUCAGCUUUUUGUUUCGUCAACGAAUUUUUUCCGGGCCUAAAUUUUGUUGUUUUCGACUGACGUGAAUGACGAGUUGGUUCAGUGGAAGUGAUUGUAAAUAGGAUAAUUCUAACAAGUGUAUGAAAUUGUAGAUAUUGGAUUUUUUAUUGAAGAAAUUAGAGUAAGGAUUAUUUAUUUGUAUAAGAAUUAGCUCUGUUAGAGGUCCCGUGUGAUAACUCGCUCAAAGUUCUGGAUGAUGGCUAACCUGUGUAUGUUAAUAGUCGGUUAUGCUUUGCCCAUCCAAUUCCAGUAUAGCCGCAGCAGUCUUUCCGUUAAAUUAAAACAAUGUUCACACAGCUUCUUCACCGUAAACCUCUUGACAAAACACAUUCAGAUUAUUGUUCUUCCUUAGAAAAUCGAACAUAACGUGCAGAGAUUUUUAUUUGUGGACAUCCAUACGUAUUUUCGCUGUUAGUGAUAUUAUAGACUAUGAUUUUUUAUACUUAUUUAUUUUUCAUUUGUUACCCAUACCCAUCAGUUCAUAUUGCCAUCAUAAAUUAGCUUGUUUAUGAUUUAGGUUUAGUCAUGCCUCUGCAUGUUAGUUCAUUAUUAUUGCUCACAUUGAGCAAAUGUAUAUCAAAUUCUAUAUUGAAUGCUAACGGAGACUUUGCAUUUAAAGCUCCCGCCAAACACGUCAGCGCUGGUUUUCCGAUGAGGAUUCUUAGGUGAGGUGCACCACACCUCUGGUGCACUCAAUCCCAACUCCUUCGAUUACAUAAUUUCAUUUAAGUUGUGUUUAUUUGUAUUGUAAUAUCACCAAUUCUUUAUUGUAUACCUUAUUUAAAUAAAGAUGCAAUACGGACAAUUUUGUAA